AAAGGUAUCAGUUUCGCUGAUUCGCUCCAAAAGCGUCUGGGCCGUUUCAAUGGCGGUUCUUUAUCUCCCACUCCAUGCCCCUCCCUCCUCCUCCUCCCCCUCUCGUCUUUAUUCCUUCAGAAAGUCGUUGCCGAAUUCCCGCGCUUUCACCAUCUCCACCUCCACCUCCCUCCCUUCACUUCGUUCUUCUUCUUCUUCGCCUCCAUGGAUCCAUCGACCUUUAAAGCUGAACACAAGCCUUCACGUCGAUUCUCCGGCAACUUCCGGAAUAGAUAGCGAGGAAGAGUCUCGAGAGGUUCUGCUUGAGGUCAAGGAUCUGACCGCUGUCAUCGCAGAAUCGAAAGAACAGAUUCUUAAUGGUGUCAACCUCGUCAUCUGCCAAGGAGAGGUCCAUGCAGUCAUGGGGAAGAAUGGCUCUGGAAAGAGCACAUUUGCUAAGGUGCUUGUUGGCCAUCCAGACUAUAAGGUUACGGGAGGCAGUGUUAUGUUCAAAGGUGAAAGCUUGCUUGACAUGGACCCUGAAGAAAGAUCUCUUGCUGGGCUUUUUAUGAGCUUCCAAUCCCCAAUUGAGAUCCCAGGUGUAAGCAACAUGGACUUUCUGAAUAUGGCAUACAAUGCUAGAAUGCGAAAACUUGAUCAUCCUGAGCUUGGACCUAUUGAGUUUUGGAAUGUCAUAUCUUCCAAGCUGGGAGUUGUCAAUAUGAAGCCGGACUUCUUGAACCGAAACGUGAAUGAAGGAUUUAGUGGUGGUGAAAGGAAACGGAAUGAGAUUUUGCAACUUGCGCUCCUUGGAGCAGAUUUGGCUAUUUUGGAUGAAAUCGAUUCUGGGUUAGAUGUUGAUGCACUUCAAGAUGUAGCGAAAGCAGUCAAUGUACUUUUGACUCCAAAGAACUCUGUUUUGAUGAUUACUCAUUAUCAGCGACUUCUGGAUUAUAUAAAGCCUAAAUAUAUCCAUAUCAUGGAGAGGGGAAGAAUAGUGAAGACUGGUGACAUCUCAAUUGCCAAAUUGCUUGAGAAGGAAGGCUACAGAGCAUAUUCUUCUACAUAGAUUACACACGCAUGCAAGCAUACUAUCACAUCGCACACAUGCUUUGCCCUUUGCUUCUGGAUCCAUUUUACUCCAAAAUAACACUCCCCUUCCUACUACAGACACCAAAAUUUUGUGAGGUCAGGUAACCUGUUGUGCUUCAGUUGUUGAUAGGACUGGAUUGCAAACUCUAACCUGUCAUCAGUUCCAAGAUUCAUGUAAAGACCAAAGGAAAGCCUAGUAUUCAAGGCAAUACUUUGAGGAGACCUCUUGUAAUUUGACCUACCAUAUCUAAUUCUUGCUUGUUGAUGUCCC